CAGAAAUUUGGGACACGAUGGCGGCCGCGCGUGCGCAUCAUAUACAGUAAUGGCACUGAAAGUACUUAAGAACAUGUAUGGGGAAAAAGACCUUUUUGAAAAAAUAUUACUUACUAUGCGGUAGAUCCCUUGUGCACAGUUCGAAACAUAUUUAAAAUGGACUAGCCGAGUUAUUGACAAAGAAAAGAAGUACCAAAUUCAACUCUAACCUUCUUCCUAAGGCAUGUAAUCCUGUGGUCAAUUUCUACUCCUUUUCCCCAUACAUCUUCUUAAAAUUCCCUCGGAGGUCAUCUUGAUAUUCCACAAAUACAGGGAGAUCCCGGAGGAGAAUGCAUGGUGCACAGUUCGAAAUGAGUUGUACGAAGCUUCCUUUCGCCCUAUCUUUCGUAGUAGAUUGAUUCAUCUACGCCAAAGUUCUUCCAAGAGCAAUUGAAUUUUAUGAAUUUUAGAAGCAUCGAAGGAGCCGUGCCACCAUUUUUAAAGUCCCCUUUGUUUACAUGUUCAUCGAAAAACGCUGCAAAAGUUGAGAGGAAAGUGAUUUUCGUCGCCAUGUUUUUUGUUUUCAAAAUCCCCUAGUGUUUCUUGGGAUAGCUAAGUCUCAGGCUACUCUCGUACAGAUGCUUUAUUCCCGAAUUCAUUCGGCAAAAGUUUCUUCACAACUUCCGGUUAAAAGUAGGGUUUAAAAUGGCUGAUUUGCUCAGCGAAUACAAAAGGAAAGACAUUGAAUGGCAGUUAAAGCUAAGUUCUGAGUUUCCUUUAGAGUAUGUGCGACGAGAAGCAGCCUCACAGUACGAUUUUUUGUGCUGUGUGGAGAUUCCUUUGCCCCUCUUACGAAAGUGGAGCGAGCUUCUUGAAAUCACUUCCGGUACAGAAAUCAAUUACAUAGACCUACUUAAUGCGACCGUCGUGGAUGGAUGGUUUGCUUUGAAGCGUGAAAAUGAACGAAUGAACGAGCUGCUUCGAAAAAAAUCAAGCUCAGCGAAGAUUUCUUACAAGAAAACCUCGGGAAGAAAGAGAAAGGAAUUGGACAGCAAAGCAUAUAGCCUCUGUGUUAGAAGGGGAGAGCUUGAGUCAAUUGAAUCAUUGAAGUCUGAAGUUUUGCACAGCUACAAAGAGAUCGAAGAAUGGCGAGAAGCAUACAGUGACUUAGAAAAUGAGAAAAGGAAAUUGUAUGAAGAAAUGAAGAAAGAAAUUAACAAACUAGAAGAAGAGAUAACAAACCUUACAGAUGUCAACAAAGAGUUAGUUGAUUACAUUGGGGCCUUAGAACAAGAAGAAUCCUUAAAAUGCCAAGGAAAGAAGGUCACUGAAGUGGGCACAAAACAAAGAGGGAGAAAGCUUCGCCAUUUAAAGAAUAAAGUUCAGUGUGCUUUGUGGUUUUGUAAAAGCUUUGGGCUUGAAUUAACUCAAGUAAAAUUGCAAGAUGAAAAAGGAGGAGCACACAGUUUGGACUGGGAACCCACCCCUUCACAUGGAGCUUAUGAAAAUCUUCAGAAAGAGGAAAAGAAAAAAAUUGAACAAGUCUUGUUUUUAUUGGACAAAUUCUGUGUGGGUGAUGAAGUGUAUCAUGAGUUCACAAUGAUUACAGAAGACCUACCCAAAUCCUAUUUAGUAAAACAGUUGCGAGGUAACCUAAACAAAACAUACCAUAUAGAACAAACACAGGGGAAGUAUCCCGGAGCAAAAAUAAAUUUCACUGCUACACUUGAGGAACACAUCAGAGAACUUCUUAACAACAAACCAGAGCUAAAAGAUGAUUGUAUUCAAAUCAAACUCAGUGGCGAUGGUGCAAGAAUGUCACGAACAACAAAUUUUAUGAUGUUCUCAUUUGCUCUUCUUCAAGGUAAAGACAGCGUCAUGUCUUCAAAAAGCAACAGAACAGUUGCGAUAAUCAAUGGUCCAGAAAAGUAUGAAACAAUGAAGACCUCACUCAAACACUUUUUCAAAGAAGUCAAUGAUCUUAUAGAGAAAGGUCAAAUAACAGUUGAUGGCAAGGAUAUCAGUAUAAAAUUUUUCUUGGGUGGAGAUAUGAAAUUUUUACUGAUGGCAAUGGGUAUGAACUCAGCAACUGCUGACUAUGCUUGUCUUUGGUGCAAAAUACAUAAAGAUAAUAGAUGGGAUACAACUAAACUUUCAAACUAUUACAACCAAGAACCCCUACAGCGAACACUAGAGGAAAUUAAGGCCCUCUGUAAAUGCAAGGAGAACAAUUAUGGGUGCAUUAACGAGCCUCUCCUGAACAUUUCUCUGACGAAUGUAAUUGCAGAUGAGCUCCAUUUGCUAUUACGAAUUACUGACAAACUUUUACAAAAUGUAAUUGAUGAAGUUCUUCAAAGGGAUGCAGUUGAGGAUUUUAACAAAAAAAGGGGAACACCCAAAGGAGUACAUCUCACAAAGCUGGUCAACUGUAUCAAUACUCUUGGGAUUUCCUUUUCUGUUUGGAAUAAAAAAAAUGCAAAUGGCUCAGAGAGUCAAGUAAAAGAAUUUACAAGUUUGCUUGGCUCUCAGAAAAAGAAAUUGCUUAAUGUACUGCCUUCUGAAAUGAAUCAAUUCCUCUAUCCAGAAACAUGUGAAACAGUUCAACAAAUAUGGAAAGACUUUGAAGAAUUAUAUAACAUUAUUACCGAUUUAAACAUAAGCAGUAAUGACUCAUUAGCAAUUUUCACUAAAGCAAAGUCAUGGAUAAACCUUUUUUGUUCACUUCGAGGAAAGAGAUCAGGGUAUGAGAGACCCCGAGUGACACCAUACAUGCACAUCAUACCCUAUCAUAUUCCAUUUUUUAUUGAAAAGCAUGGAGGCUUCAAGAAAUUUUCCGGGCAAGGUGUCGAGAAGAAUAAUGACGAUGCCAAAAGGAUACUAUUUCAAAAGUCAAACAAAUGGGAAGCUGCAAAGGACAUUUUAAAUACUGAGAGCAGACAAUGGGAGCUACGACAUCAUGAAAGGGAGAAGGCAACUUACAAAAAACGAAAUGUUGAAUACUGGGAAGCUGGCAUCAGCCAAAAGAGGAAAGAACAGCGGCUAAUGUCAGCUCCCAGUAGCAGCCUGGAUGAGGAAAUGUGUGAAGAAAGCCCUACUGAAGACUACAACAAAAUGACCCUUCCGCAGCUAAGGAAACUCAUCAAAGAAAGAGGCUUGAAAGUGAAAAACCUUAGUAAAUUAAAAAAGAAAGAACUUCUUACAAUUAUUGAAAAAUCCUAACUUAACUUUAGAGAAAGGUUUAAUCGUAUAAAAGGCCCACAACUGAAACAGCUACUAAUUAAUUACAUGAUGAAGGGACCUUAACAAAUUUGAUUGAUAGUUUCUCUAUAUAUGCUCUUGGCAUCUCCACAAUUUUGUCACCAACUUUUUCAUAAGAUUUGGGUGACAAUGUCAGGUAUUUCCGUACUUUAACAGGAAAUCUAACCAUAAUGCCAUCUCCGUGACUAUCAAAAAUGCAACUCCAGUUAAUUGGGAGUUUACAUUUGUUAAAGUCAGUCUCUUCUAAGAGAGUCCAGUUUUUCUCUGCUGCUGUUCUUCCUUUUCCACAAAACAAAUACUUGAAAACAUCAUGUCGAAACUCUAAAGAGACUUUCUGCUCAGGACCCUUG